AGCCGUCCAGUUCAUGGAACAGGUAAUUCCUUGGAACACGCUACUUUCCCUCUCAAGAUAGGAACCGUACCAGGUCUGCACUAUAAAGGGUAAGGCAAACCGUGCUGUUACUGUUUCUUGUCUCUGUCACUCUGCACACAUUGCCAUUUGGCUCCGGUGUGGCUGAGUUCUAGUUAGUGCUAUCCAUGUCAGCUAUGAUGCGAUGUUGGUGAAGAUAGCUUGUGGUUCAAUGGAGAAUUCUUUUUGGUUGCGUGGUCUAUCGUAGCAGUCAGCCUGGUUUCAUCUCGCCUACCUUAGGUGAUCAUAUCAUCAAUUCAUCAGACCAUUGACGUGCACAUGUCAAAAUUGGGAUCUGGUCCAUCCAUGGUUUUCACCCGAACAUGGGUUAUCCUGUAGAUUCGUAGGGUUGGGGCUUAUGCUGUUGAAGUGCUAAGAUUUUCAAGUCAGUUGGUUUAAGCUUUGAUCUUAAUUGUUUUCCUCAUUCCGCUUUGUUUUCUUUGGGGAGAGGGCAAUAUCAUUUAAAGUUGCAUGAUAUUACUUGCCAAUUGACUCUGCAGGGACGGUCUGCGCCUAUUCCUUUCAACAUCUUGUUGGCAGGAAAGCACUUAGCCUUCCCGAAAGGGAUGGAUAUCCUGGAAGAUUUGCUGUCUAGUUCCUUCAGUUCUCUGAACUGGGUCAACGUUCUUGCUCUGUAUGCAGAUGCCAAUGUUGAGCUGCAGCAUGCCUGACUCUGACUGCAAUUUUUGUGGCAGUCAACUUCUUACGUGGUUGGAUGCAAACUUCACGGUGUCGAAAGCAGUAUACUACCCCAACUCUGAUGCAAAAGGGACCGAAACUGGAGCAUGUGAAUAUGGCGCAUUUGGGGCAACACUCAAUAAUGGCGAUGUUUCAGCAUCAGCAAGUCUCUACAGGAAUGGGGUAGGCUGUGGUGCAUGCUACCAGGUUAGGUGCACAAAUCCUUACUACUGCUCCCCAAGUGGUGUGACAAUUGUGAUCACAGACUCUGGGGCAAGUGACGGGACCGACUUCAUCCUGAGCCAGCACGCAUUGGCUGGUAUGGGGCAGAACAAGGACGCUGGUGCAACACUGCUGAACCUUGGUUAUGUUGGAAUUGAGUACAGGAGGGUUCCUUGUAUCUACCCAGGCAAGAAUAUUAUAUUCAAGAUUACUGAGAGCAGCCAUUUCCCCUACUAUUUUGAAUUUGAAAUCUGGUAUCAACAAGGCAACCAGGAUAUCAUUGCAGUCCAGCUAUGCGAGAUUGUAAACCUGACAUGCCAGCUUCUGAGCCGAACUCAUGGUGCAGUAUGGGCUGCUGUCUCCCCACCAAGUGGCCCUCUGUCCAUAAGGAUGCUAUUUAGCAGCGGAGCUCCACAUGGUGGCAGCCAGAAAUGGCUAGUUCCCACAAGCAUAAUACCACAGAACUGGACAGCAGGGGCCACGUAUGAUUCUGGGGUCCAGGUGCAGCUGCAGUAGCUAUGAUCGAAUAUGCAACGGGAUUAUAUAGCUAGUAUGAUGAUUGAUUGUUCCCUUGCCUUCUAAUCAUGUAUACUCUUGCAGCAUAUUUAUUGUAAUUUCUGAAGAUUUUGAUGCCUAUAUAUCAAUAAUUUUUCAUGGAAGAA